AACGCUGAGUACACCCUAUUGCCUUAUUUCUCUGAUUAUUAUGUUCAAAGCACCUGGUAUCUCGUAUUAUCGACUUAUAAUACAUGCCUUUCUUAUUGUAUUGAAUCCGCGAACGACUUUCCGUCGGCUACGCGGUGAUUUUUCGUUAUUCCUUAUGCAAGCUUUCCAUGGACCGCAAUACCGCAUCUUAUUGUGUGUACAGCACCGGCCAUGUGCCGCUCUUUCAUGUAUUUUUCUCCGUCAAAGCCUUCUUUAGCGUUGCCUUGCGCGACGCCACCGUCAAAUGGUUCGUUGCCAAGACGACCCUGCGUGCACUCACUUUUACCUCACCACCACGCCCGCCGACUCCAAAGGCUCUGGCCAGCAUGCUGUCUGGCUUUCUCAUUCUAAACUUCUUCGGAAUUUCUCGCUGAGCUCUUUCGUCCGCCCGACGCCUGUCGUUCACCCUCUCAAAUCUCUACUCGAGCCCCAACCUCCGCCAUGACGUCCAAUCCGCCUCCCCGACGCGUCUCCAUGGCAUAUAUCCUUGGCUUCAGCAACAAGCCCUUCAAGGAGCCUAAGCCGCCGCCGCCGCCGCCAAAGCCCCCGAAACCGAGCGAAUGCGUCCGGAUGAUGACCACGCCCGGCGCCGUCAUUGAAUGGGCGGCUAGCGAUGGUCGCAGAGGCGCACUUACCGGCGAUGGCAAGCGUCGUCUUACUGCAGGCAAUCUAGCGAAGGUUCCAUCAAAGCCCAUGUCAGUCAAGGAAGCUGCUGCGAAGCCGGAGUCGAAGAAAGCUGAGUCAAAGAAGGCGACCUCAUACAAGGCCGCUUCGAAGAAAGGCGACGCGGAGGACAACCUGGCCGGCCUUGGCGACUUACUGGGUGGGUUCGAUGCAGGAGGGGGCGAUACCGGGGGUGGGGAUGGGGCAGCGGAAGCAAACAACGCACAUGGCUUCACGAAGGAGCAGGACGAAAAGCUUCUGGAGUUGAAGAGCGCUAAUGCGAACCUAUCGUGGGCCAAGAUUGGAGAAGAGAUCGGCAAAGAUGCCGGUGCAUGCAAACAGCGCUUCGGCGCUGUCAAGCCGAAAGACUGGAAGCCAGCCAAUGCCCAGGGCAAGAACAAAGGGGGCGGCGGCGAAGGGAAAAAGAGCAAGGGCAGGAACCAUACCCAGGAGAAUAAGCAGGAAGGGAAGAAAGAGGCGGCAUCUGGUGGCGGCGAUGCCGCAAACCCCUGGGGUAAUGACAAUAACAACGGUGGCGCCGAUGCGUCUGGUGCAUGGGGAACUGGGGACGCUGCUUGGGGUGCCGGCGACGGCAACGCCGGUGGUGAUGGGAACAAUGAUAAUCUAUUCGGGGACGCCUUCGGGGGCAAUGCUGGGGGCAACAACGACGCCGGCGAUUCCGGCGAAAACAAGAGCAAUUCCGGUGACAACGGCGGAGGCUGGGAUGCCGGUGGAGGCGACUGGACGGCUGGCAACAACGAUGCUACAGGAGGCGGCAAGGACAAUGCAUGGGACAGCAAAACUGGUGGUGACAACAAUAAUGGAUGGGGCUCGAACGACAAUACUGGAGCAGCGGCUGGGGACGCAUGGGGCUCCAACGACCAAACUGGAGCGGCUGCUGGCGACGCAUGGGGCUCGAACAACAAUAACGGAGGAGGCAAUGGUGCCGCCGGCGACGCGUGGAACACCGAGAAAAACAAUUCCAACAACAAAAAGGAUACUGGAUGGAGCAACGCCGUCGACGCUUGGGGAGCCCCUGCUACCAAAUCAGCUUCCAAACCCGCCUCAAAGGCCGGCUCCGCCAAGCACUCCAGCAAGCACUCCGUCAAAGCACCGUCUCAGUCGAACUCCAAGAAAGUCUUUGGCUCCAAGCAUGGUUCGGUCGCCGGCUCUGUGCAUCCAUCCCAGAAUCACAGCAACGGCCGGUCUAUCGAGAUCAAGGUCUCGCCGGACGACACCUUCUCACAGCAAGACUUGAGGCUGAUUGCGAGGAUCCUGCAGCAAGAUUGCGCGAUGGUGUGGGAUCGGGUCGCGUGGAGAUUCAAGGACAAGACGGGCAGGAAUCUGCAUCCGGAUGUGUUCGAGAAGAAAAUCACUGGGAGGGUGGAGAAGAGGAGGGGCUCGUGA